CCGUGCGCAGGGUUUGUAAGGGUGAAACUUUUCAUUGACUUUGCUCACUUCGGGCUGGGGCGCGGGAAGGUGUGGGUCUUCGGAUAAGAAAGGCGAGUGACAGGGGCGACUAGAGGCCAGAAGGGCAGGACUGUCCUCCGCCCCGCGACACGAGUCACCCUCUGCUCCACUAUCCAUCCCCGCGCCGUCGCUGCCAGCCGGCCCGUCCUCCCUUCGUCCCCCUGCACCGAUCCCAACCUCCAAAAAGCUGAAGGAAUUAUUACUGAGCCAAUAAGACCCUCGUUGGUCCCCCAACCCUCAACGACAAAAAGGACACAUUGGCUCCCGGCCCGGUGGCGCCCGGGAAGGAAGGGAGAGCAACUCCGCCCCACGCUCAGGACUACCCUGGAGGGAGAAGCCGCCUUGCCGCCGGCAGAGCGCCCCGCCACCGCGCAGACCCAAGCAAAGCUGUCUGGAGCCUAAGGCUGCCCACCUUAUAUCUCUUGCCACUGCCCUUGGCCUGUGUACGUGCUCUGCGCUGAUUCUCUGCCUAGGAAAGGACCAUGCAGCUGGAGAUCAAAGUGGCCCUGAACUUCAUCAUCUCCUACUUGUACAACAAGCUGCCCCGGCGCCGGGCAGACCUGUUUGGGGAGGAGCUAGAGCGGCUUUUGAAAAAGAAAUAUGAAGGUCACUGGUACCCUGACAAGCCACUGAAGGGCUCUGGCUUCCGCUGUGUCCACAUUGGGGAGAUGGUGGACCCUGUGGUAGAGCUGGCUGCCAAGCGGAGUGGCCUGGCGGUGGAAGAUGUGCGGGCCAAUGUACCUGAGGAGCUGAGUGUCUGGAUUGACCCUUUCGAGGUGUCCUACCAGAUUGGUGAGAAGGGGGCUGUCAAAGUGCUCUACUUGGAUGAUAGUGAGGGCUGUGGUAUCCCAGAGCUGGACAAAGAGAUCAAGAGCAGCUUCAACCCUGAUGCCCAGGUGUUUGUGCCCAUCGGCAGCCAGGACAGCUCCUUGUCAAACUCCCCGUCGCCAUCCUUUGGCCAAUCGCCCAGCCCCACCUUCAUCCCCCGUUCUGCCCAGCCCAUCACCUUCACCACCGCCUCCUUUGCUGCCACCAAAUUUGGUUCCACCAAGAUGAAGAAGGGUGGCGGGGCAGCAGGUGGGGGGGGCGUGGCCAGCAGUGGAGCAAGUGGCCAACAGCCUCAGCAGCAGCCUCGCCUAGCUCGGUCGCCCACCAGCAACCUACUGAAGCACAAGAGCCUCUCUUUGUCUAUGCAUUCACUGAACUUCAUCACAGCCAGCCCGGCCCCUCAGUCCCAGCUCUCACCCAAUGCCAAGGAGUUCGUGUACAAUGGUGGUGGCUCGCCUAGCCUAUUCUUUGAUGGAGCAGAUGGCCAGGGCAGCAGCACCCCGGCCCCUUUUGGGGGCAGUGGGGCUGGCACCUGCAACAGCAGCAGCUUUGACAUGGCCCAGGUAUUUGGAGGUGGUGCCAACAGCCUCUUCCUGGAGAAGACGCCUUUUGUGGAAGGCCUCAGCUACAACCUCAACACCAUGCAGUAUCCCAGCCAGCCCUUCCAGCCCGUCGUGCUGGCCAACUGAUCAUCCUCACACCUGUGGGGCCAGGAGCACCCAAAACCACAGAAAAGAGAAAAAGGAAAGGCCAAAAAAAA